GCGCAUACAGUUUUUAUGGCAAAUGCGCACUCUGUGUGUGGAACUGUGACUGCAGAGUGACGAACGAUUCCUAUUCAAUUUUUUCUACAGAGGCUGCAAUAAAUCUCUAAAUGCAGAGAAAACCAACAACUGUUUGGAUUUUUUGACAAUAGCCGAAUGAAAAGAGGUGUUUUGGUCCGCAUCAAGCUCAUUGAAUAUGCAAAACAUCUACAAAACAUCUCAAGUCAUGAAUAUCACUUGGAUGAAAGACGCCACUUUCUUGGGACCUGCCAUCUGACUGGGUUUUCUCUUCAUUUAGAGAUACUGCAGCCUAUGUAGAUAAAAUUGAAUAGGAAUCGAUUGUCACACUGCGCAUUUGCCAUUAAAAACUGCAUGCGCGAUGAGUGGUGCGUAGCUUUAGGACCCCCUACCAUACAUUUUGCUUAUUACAUAACGUCAUCCAGCCACUGCCAAGAGCCAAUUUAUGAAGGAAAAUAUAAUUCUAAUGUUGUAAAUGAUGUUAAUGGCAAACCACAACAACAUUGUGCAUCUUAUUUGAUGUUAAUGAGCAUCUGCCUGAAGAAACAUGAAUGAUGAAGGUCCAUCAGAUUCCGAGAACAGUUUUGACGCAAGAAAUCAAGGUAACAAAAAUGAGUCCCCACCAAGACUACAGACAGCAGGAAUCUUUGGGAAUGUGCAAAGGCUUCAUCCAACCCGUCCUUCUGAGAAUCUCCUGAGACUCCAGCCGGUGAGACCAUCAGAGAACGCUCCUCGGCUUCAGUCAUCAAGAUGUUUGGAUAAUGGGCCAAGGUUGCAAGUAGCAAGAUCAUCAGAGAAUACUCCAAGGUUCCAAGGUGCAAGAACGUCAGAGAAUGUUCCCCGGCCUCAAGCAGCAAAAUCUACUGAGAAUGCUCCUCGACCUCAAAUGUCAAGACCUUCAGAGAAUUUACAAAGGCCACAGACAGUUUGGCCCUCUGAGAAUGUUCCUAGACUUCAGUCAGGUCAACCAACAGAGAAUGUUCCAAGACUGCAGCCAGUAAGGCCUUCAGAGAAUGUUCCUCCAGAAAUCAGCGUCUAUGACUGUAACAGUGAGGAAGAGGAUGAGGCUGUCCAACCCCCUCCUUCUAGGAAGCGGGCAGCUCUUUCCCCUCUCAAGCCACUUAAUCCCACUGUUUCCAAGACUGUCGAGUCCAGUCAGCCCACCAAAGCCAAAGUCAAGUAUAUGGGCUCUGUCAGUGGUCCCAGUGGACUGUCUGUAAGGCAAGACUCCAUUGCUGGGUCCAAAGACUCACCAGAACAAACAGAAAAUAAUGCCAUUUAUUAUGUAUUCAGUCAGAGACUACUGCAGUUAUGUGAUCAGGUGCCAAAGAUACCUAAAAGGGCCAGUAUGGUACACACCUUGAUUGAAGCAUAUGAUCUACUAGAUCAUGUGACCCUAAUCACUCCGGAGUUUGCCACAAAAGACGAGCUGUUAGCCUUCCACUCCCAGGAGUAUAUUGAGUUCUUAGAGAGGGUCAACUUGGAGGAAGACUCAGAGAAAGAUGAGGAACUCAAACAACAGUUUGGCUUAGGUUAUGACUGCCCAAAUCUGCCAUUAGUGUAUGACUUUGUGAGACUGGUUGCGGGUGCAUCUCUCAGCUGUGCCAAAGCUUUAAUUCAACAGAAAUGUAGGAUUGCAAUCAACUGGAAUGGAGGCUGGCACCAUGCAAGGAGAGAUGAAGCAGCUGGAUUCUGCUAUGUCAAUGAUAUUGUUCUUGCCAUCCUAAAACUCAAGGAGCAUUUCAAUCGUGUUCUCUACAUUGAUUUGGAUCUACAUCAUGGUGAUGCUGUAGAUGAUGCGUUUAUCUUCACUCCCAAAGUGAUGACUGUCUCUCUUCACAAACACUCACCAGGGUUCUUUCCAGGUACUGGUAGUCUGAAUCGAGUAGGAGGAGGAAGGGGAAAGUUCUACACUGUCAGCGUUCCUCUCAAAGAUGGUAUCAAAGAUGAACAGUACUCAGAUCUCUGCACAAGGGUCAUGGAGCAAGUGCGUGUGAAGUUCCAACCCAGCGUGGUAGUGGUCCAGUGUGGAGCAGAUACACUCUCAUCUGAUCCUAUGCAAUCCUUUAACCUUACCCCUCUAGGGGUGGGGCAGUGUGUGUCAAGGGUUCUGUCAUGGAAGCUACCAACUCUCCUAUUGGGUGGGGGAGGAUAUAACAUGGCCAAUACUGCCAGAUGCUGGUCUUAUCUAACAGGUCUGGUCCUAGGAAAGAAGCUACCAUCAGAAAUACCUGACCAUGAGUUUUUCUUGGAGUAUGGACCUGGUUAUCAGCUAGAAGUCUGCCCUGCUCACUAUACAAACUGCAACUCGGUGGAAUAUAUGGAGACAAUUGCCAAGGCUAUUACAAAAAAUUUGGAAAAUGUGAGAUGAAUUCAUGGUGAAGCACCAAAUAACCAAAGAUGCUAUAGAAUGGAUGUGCUAUGGAGGAUUUGGUGGAUGAAUCAGUUUGCUGGAAAUAUGGCGUAUAUCAUGGCAUGUACAACUGUGUAUGCUGAAUUGCAGAAUGAACCUUUUUUAAUUUUAGGGCAUUGAAUCCUUAGAUGAUGCAACUGCAAGUACAAAGCAUUUCUGACUUCAGAGAGAAACUACAGGUUUAUACAGAUAUUAUUCAGCAAGUCUAAGUCAGUUGUGUGAAAAGUAUAAGGCUUAACUUUUCCUUGAUCCUGUAACACAGCUAUGUGAAAAUGUAUCCUUUGUUUUACACAGUGAAGAAAAACAUGACUGUUGGACUUCGGUUUCCCCUGACUCUGAGGAAAGCAUGAUUAUUUUGUUUACUUGGAAGUAAGCAACCAGAUGACCAAUGGCUUUUGUUCUCCUUAUAGGGACUUGAUUCACUACAUCAAUUUGCCAUGAUAAAAUACUUAAAAGAAUUGCUCAAACUGUGGAAUUAAGUCUUAUCCCCACCAUGAACUUGAAAAAUUCUUUUUUUACAUCCUGUGCAAUUUAUUUAACAAUGUAUUUUAUAUUCACCAAACAAAAAAUGUAUUGAGAUUUAGUAUCAUUUCACUUUACCAAUUACUUGCGUACAAAAAGAGAGAUAAGAUACCAUGGAUUUUAAAAGUGUAUUAAAUGUUCUAUUCUCUUGUUUUAAAUCCAAAGAUGACAGACUAGUUUCUAUCAGAUUUGUUUUAUCCACUUUUCACGUUUUCAAUGUAAUUUUAAUUAGAUAAAACAGGUGGAUGAAAUAAUUUUUAAUCACAAAAUGGCUUGUAUAAUUGAAUGUUUGGUAUAGAAAUUGUAUACAUUUUCAUUAUUUUUUAAAUGUCACGUUUGAAGAAAUAUUUCAUGUAAUCUGAUCCACAUUAAAGGUUGACCAGUAUUAUAUUAUUAUAUAAUUUCUCCCUUAAAUUUACUCAAUGAUAAUUGUAUGUAUGACUUGAAAGCUUAAAUUUAUAUGUAUCCCCUUUUACAGAUAUUUUGAAUGAUUCUUGCACCUUUGCAUAGUAAACAUUGAUGUGUGAAUGCUACUUAAAUUCAAAGCCCAAAUUACUUUAAUAUCAAAUGAAUGUUCAUAUUUAUUGCGGGCAAAGCAUAAAAAACACAUAAUUCAUAUAUAUGUAUUAACCCAACAAAGUAGCAUUUGAAGUAAAAACAAAUUCAAAAAUGGUAUUUUCUUUCAAGAUGUUAAUUAAAUCAAUAGGCUUUUUUUUAGAGGAAGAUUUGGACUCUCAUGAAUGUUAAUGCUUGUAUUUUGUCACUUUACAUAUGAUCACACUUAUAUGCAUAUUUAUGAUAGGAUUAUUCUGUGAUGUAUUCAAUUGAAUUCUUUGUGUGUCAUGGUGUGGCUCGCUCUUUCCAAUCAGAGGGUCGUGGGAUCAAUUCCAAUGCCAUGACCUUGAUUUUGUUAAAGGUAGAUAGUAAAUUUUGUAGGAUUUAAAAUGAAAAUAACCGAUUCAGUUGCUAUAUCAGUCAUGAUUGCAAUCCUUUAGCAUGUCUAAAAGUCAAUAUUUUUUUAGGGCAGGGCCAUUUUUCUGUAGGGCACCUUUUUAUAUUACAGCACAAGUGGGGACAAAAAAUGAGGAGGGAAGAACAAAUAACCCAUGCCAAAGGGCAUUGAAUCCCAUUUAAAUGGCAUCAAUACCAUGACCUUAGGUGAAUCAAGAUAUUCAAGAUAUCUACCAUGUCACUAUUGGGUACCAUCAUACCAUUAAGAAUGAUUCCAGCAGGCAUGGGGGGUGUUUCACAAAGAUUUAAGUAUGACUUAGAGUCGCACUUAAAUACCAAGUUGCGUACGGUAUGAAAGGCUUGACCGCAUUGGUCAGAUCGUGUCAUGAGGACGCGCACUACUGCGUGUCUAUCAAUAAGAUCGCGCGUUCCAUAUCAUGUACGCGUAGGCAUUUAAGUGCGACUUAAGUCAUACUUAAAUCUUUGUGAAACACACCCCUGGUCUCUGUGCAUUGUAUAUCAUUGCAUUGGGCCACCCAGGGGGCCGUUUCAUAAAGCUCUUCGUAAGUUUAGAGCGACUUUAAGAACGACCGGUGAUCCAUUGUUACGCGCCAAACCAUCACCUAUGGUGUAUACCAUUUACCAAAAGAAAUGAUCACCAGUCGUUCUUAUCUUACGAACAGCUUUAUGAAACACCCACUCGGUGGUCUACCUGCUGGAUGCUCUCCGGCAUGGACAGCAUAUGGCUAACCUUGAUUAUUUGUUGCUUUAAAUGCUCAACGUCUUCAUUUCAUCUAAAAAGUUGAGGUGUUGAUGAUUGCACACUCACUAGAAAGAGAUUGAGUAUACCUCUAAUUCCCUCAGAAACAGUUUUUUUUCUGUCUAUUUUUGACAAUUUGAUUUUUGUCAUCUCUUUAAGCAAGGAAUUUAUCCAUAUUUUAGAUUUCCUUAAUAGAAUGCAUGCACUGACUGCUAGAAGUUGAAAGGGUGCUAAUGAUGAUAACUAUGUAGCAGAACAGAAUUUUUCAAGGCGAAGUCUAGAUGGCUCGAACUGCGCAUGGAUGUUAUUUUUUAACAAUAGAUAACAAUAAUUGAAGGGAAGGAGUUGUACUUAAUUAAGUAAUGAGUAUGCAUUUUAACUAAUCAAUUUAUUAUUUAUAUUUUAAUUGAGCACUGUAUUUAUAUCUUGCCUAUGAUAUGAAAUGUCUGUCUUUUAAUAUGUUCCAGGAUUGUCAAGGAGAAUUUGGUUUUAAAGGCAUUGGAGAACAUUGAUUUGACUAAAAACGAAAAAUGUUUCAUCUCAUUUUUAUUCCAUAAACUUCAUGUGUUACAAUUGAUAUAUAUGAAUAUCAAAUACACACACACCCCUAAAUUCACGAUUAGUUUUUAAUAACACCUCUAUAAUCUUUACCAAUGCCUUUAACCAAUAUUACAAGAGGUAUUUUUAGCCAGUAUUUUGCACUAGGAUAUUUUCAAUAAAUGUUCCUCACUUCCACAUUUUUACUAAUAUUUUAUCUAUUGGACUGUUAACUUUUUUUUUAUGACAAAUGUCAGCUGUCAUAAAUUGAAAGAAAUAUUGCAUGUAUAGUAAUAUACAGGAAUAUAUUUAUGAAAAAUCUGUUUAAUGUACAGGUUCUCCACUUCCAUUGAAAUAUAGGAUUCAUGUUGAUGAACUUUUGGUCAAAUAGUGAAGUCUUAUGUUCAUUUCCAUAAAGAAUAGCGAAUAUUCUAUUUAUGAUUUAGCUAAACUGUGGAAUCAAGACAUUGGCAAGUGAAUGAAAUCUACAUUGUCAUGAAUCAAAUGUGUAAUGGAAGUUGAAAUCCAAGGCCAGCUCAAGGUUGUAUGCUUAUACCUGAAGCGGAAAAACUGUGUAAAAAUACAUGUACACUAUACAUGUAUGCAAGUGAAUGAAAUAUACACUCUUGUCAUGAUCAAGAGAAUUUAUUUCUAGAAGAAUGUAACGAUAGAGGAUGUUCAAGGUCAACUCUGUUGUAUGCUCAAAUUGUAAGCCAAAGUACAGCGAAAUGUAUUAAAGGAAAGUAAAUGAAGCUACUAUACUGUCAUGAAUGAAAUGUUUCUCGAAAAGUAUGCAAUGUAUGGAAUGAUAAAUGUAGGUGAAGUUGGAUCAACUCUUGAUUAUGUUGUUUGCUCCGUUGAAGCCAAAAGACAAUAGAAGACGGGAGAAUCUUGUAUUAAACAAUAAUAUUCAUGAUUUUAUUGUCGUCAAUAUGGACAAAAACAGUAUGUACAUAUUCAUGUUAACAGUUAUGUGCUAUGUAUGGACAUUUAAUAAACACUGAUCUCACCAUUUUAUUACAAACUA